CAAUUGCAGAUAAAUUCUUCAAUCUUUUUAUUGAGAUCGUGCAACCGUCCUAUACUCAACAGAUCAAUAAUGGUCCAACACAGCAUCCUCCAGCUUAGUAGUAGAGAACGGAUGAGAGAGUGAGGGUGAAAGGGGUGGCAGAGAGAAACCCCUCUGGUAAAGCCAAGAGGAAGCCAGUAAAGACACAGUGUUUCACAAGGAAACAGUCAAGGUCCAAUGUCCGUAAAAAGUGUUUCAAUUGCACAGUGCACGUGUGAAAACUAUAAUGCGCGGAUUUUUACGCGGUAUAUUGUAUUGUGCUCUGUGGUAUGGUAGUAUAGUAGCAGGCUUUUUAUUUAUCGCCUGUCCGUCCCUACCGUUGUUCUUGUUCAGCCCGCCGAAAUUCCGAAAAUUGGGAGACCUCUUAUUCUCGUGCUGGGAGCUUUAUCCUGCUGCCCUGUUGAACAUGUUUGGCGUAAAGAUCUACGUGUCCGGUGAUCAUAUAUUCCCUCACGAAUCGGCUGUGCUCGUGAUGAAUCACAGGACGAGGGUGGACUGGAACUUCCUGUGGGCGGCGAUGUACCAAGCGUGCAUGCCGCAUGUAGCCUGUCACAAAUUGAAAUUUGUCCUGAAGGAUCCAAUACGACACAUUCCUGGCGCGGGAUGGGUAAUGCAAAUGAACGGCUUCCUUUACAUAACACGACGCUGGGAAGAGGAUCAAGGCCGGCUGUCGCGUACCCUCGAUUACCUGAUCGCGUUAGACAGUCGCACGCAAUUGCUGAUAUUUCCCGAGGGCACCGAUCUGACGAAGAACAGCAAGGAGAAAUCGGACAAGUACGCGUUGCAGCACGAUUUGCCGCGAUACACGUACACACUGCACCCGAAAACGACGGGGUUCGCCUACCUGGUGCAACACCUUCAGCGAGCGAGCUAUUUGGACGCGGUGUACGACCUGACGAUAGCGUAUCCCGACUUCAUACCGCAGUCCGAAAUUGAUUUGGUCAGGGGCAGGUUGCCGGACGAGGUGCACUUUCAUAUUAAGCGAAUACCCACCGCGGAGAUACCGACGCACGAGUCGACGUUGAGGAAGUGGCUGGAGAACAAAUGGUCCGACAAGGAGGGAAUAUUGAAGCAAUUUUACGAACAGAAGACCUUCUCCUCCGCUGAAAUCUGGCCGAUGGCGAAGAUGCUGCCACUGCGGGCCGCGUUCGGAUUCUGGAGUAUAUUGACAGGAAUGAUGGUACUUUUACUCAUUAUUUCACCGAUCUUCCAACUGUGGGCUCUGAUACAUGCGGCGUUUUUCGUCGGAUUGUCGAUUUUCAAUACGGGCUUUAGUCAGCUUGAGAUGGGAUGGUACUCGCGUUGGAAAAGCUAUCCCUUCCAAGCUAAACGUAGUUAG